AAGAAAUCUUAAGAAAAUAUUUUUGAUAAAAACAGAUUAUUUGUUCGUAUAUAAGGUAAAACUUGUUAAAAAAUAAAUAGCCAGAUAAACUCAAUUGCAAACUCACAACACAAUGCAAAAAGAUUAAAAAAAUCUAGAAUGAUGUCUAAUUUCUUAUCACUUCAUGUAAUGUUGGAUGAAAUAACUGAGUUUCUUCGUAAAGAAUGCCGUAAUUUGGUAAAUAAUGAUAAAAUAAGCGAUGAAAUGUGGGAUACAAUUGAGAAUAAAUGCAAGAAUAUUCAAAAACAUCAUUUAAAUUUAAACGAUUUUAAUCAAUUGGAUUUCACUUUAUUGUGCCUUAUACUAUUUAAUGUAAAUUCAAAAAUUUCUAAAACCACUCUAGAAAACAUAAAAAAAGUGCGUAAUAAAAUUGUUCAUUCUCCUUCUAUAUUAAUAAAUGACGAAGAAUUUCAAGUGCUUUCAAGCGAUUUAAUUUUAUUAAUGGGAGAGUUAAACAUCAAUAAAACACAAACUUUGAAACUCAAAAAUCGCAAAUACCAAAUAGAAAUUAAGGAAGAACCUGUAUAUAACACCACGAUUCAAAUGCCGCCAGAAAAAAAUGCUGAUGCAACAAAAGAAAAUCAACAAUGUAUUUUAUUGUAAUCGGUUGUUACAUUAUUUUGAAAUCAAUCCGUAUAUCUUUCUAAA